CUUGGUAACAAUCGAAAAUAUAUGUCUAUGAAGUAGGCAACCGAAAUUUCAAGAAGAACAUUGAGUGAUAGCUAAAACUCAUUUUCCAAAUGUUGUUUAGCACAGGAAAUAACAUUUUAAUCCUUAAAUGUGCAACGAAUGUUUGUUUUAUUCGAGGUUGGCUGUAAAUACGGAACGUAGUGGUACCCUAGGUAUAUACGAGAGAAAAUGUCCGAGACCGACAGGGAAACGACAAAAGAAAAAAAUGAAAAAGAGUUAAAGUCACAGAACGGGACAUUACUGAAAAACAGAGCUAGCUCUUAUCCUCAGUUUGCUGACUUAGACGAAGGCUGGGCAUGGGUGGUGCUCGCAGGAAGUUUUGGAACAUUUUGUUUGAUGGGAGCUACGCAGUUUGCUUCGGGUAUAAUACACAUGAUCCUUCUACAUAAGUACCAGGCUAGCGUGUCACUGACAUCUGUUGCAGGAGCUGUCCAUGUCUCAAUAAUAAGCAUUGGAGCGCCGGUAUCCACAUUCAUAUUAGAGAAGUGCAGCUGUCGAAUUGCUAUAGUAACAUCCGGUUGUUUAUUUUUCGUGGGUUACUUUGGAACAGCGUUUGCACCAAAUAUUGAAUGUGUGAUAUUCACAUAUGGAGUUGUUGCUGGUGUAGGUGGAGCAGUAGGCUAUACAGCUAACAUGGUGGUUGUUGGAUAUUAUUUCCAGAGAAAGAGGAACAUCGCCAUGGGCAUUGCCGUAGCUGGAGCCGGCGUUGGAAUAAGUUUACUUGCUCAAGUGAUGCACUUUAUCUACAAUCAGUAUGGAUCGUUCGGAUUCUUUUUAUUGAUUUCGGGAAUAUUCUCUCAAAGUAUUGUUUUUGGAAUGGUCUCGAAACCAAGCAAGUUGGAGUUAUACACUAAAUGUAGACGAGCGCAACAAAUUAUUGCUGAAAAGAACAAAUAUGUGACCAACUGUAUCAGCAUAAGGAGCCACUUAGCUAUUUCAACAAAUAAAGCGGUGCUUUGCUUGAGUUUAGGACUGUUUAACUUUUGUCUCGGAACUUAUUUAGUAUACCUACACUUACCAAACUACAUAGUGGAAAUGGGUUUUCAACCUUCUGUAGCUGCAAAUCUUGUUUCUUUAUCUGGGAUUUUAACUAUCGUAGGGAGAAUACUUACUGGUUGCAUAGCAACUGUCAAAUAUAUAAGAGAUGACAUUUUAUACUGCCUACCUAUGUUUAUACUGGGUAUCAUGACAAUUGUAUAUCCGCAUAUAUCAAGUACAUUUGCUGGACAUUUGACAUACGCGAUAUUUCUUGGACUGUUUUUUGGCAAUGCGUAUGUCCUCACAGCAAGCGUAUCGGUGAAGCACAUAGGUAUUGUUAACCUUGCUAAAGCCAUCGGUAUACAGUACUGUUUUGCUGGUUUAGGCGCACUGUUAGGCCCUAUCAUGGCAGGAAUCAUUGUAGAUGCAGGAGGGUCGUAUGAGGACGCUUUUUAUACAGCAGGUGCCUUCCUUUUGUUAGCCGGUAUAACCAGUGGAAUGGCUACGUAUGUAUCUGGACCAGAAUCUCAUGAAACAGGAAAUAACAUGACAGAUAUUGAAAUGAAUGAGGAGACGUCCAAGCUUCGUUAAACUACAUGAAUUCUGCUCACAUUCAACUCAAGACUAGUACGCACUUCUACGUGGAUGGAAUUUUGUUUCAAUAAUUGUGUACUCAUUUUAAAAAUGUCUGUCCCACGAUUAUUACCAGAAUUAAAAUUAAAUUUGCAAGCAUUUAUCAAAAUCUUAUACAAAAACAUGUAGGAAGCAGUUGAAAAUUCAUUGACAGAACACUUAAAUGUUGAUCUUUUUCAAGAAAUGAAAUCUAAAUUUAUGAUUUAUUAAAUAUAUAAUUAAAUAUUUAGUCUUUUAAUUUUCAGCAUUUCACAAAAUAGUUUCGUCUUUUCUCAUCGAAUAAUAGAGUUAUCCUAUGAAGAAAGUCUUACUUGAAGCAAACAAUGCGCAUCUAUGACAAUGAAAGACCUAUGUACAUGUCUGCACUGUAAAAAAUACACGGAAUUUUAUGCUAUGUUUGAAAACAGUUACGAGUAUUAUGCAGAUAUCUUUCACACAUAUACCGUUUUACAUGCAUUUUCAUGUAACGGAAUCUGUAAACCUUAUGCAACACUUUUAACGGACUACUUAAUAGAUGAACAAUUACGAAAAUGUUGUGAAAUGUUCUGAUUAAAAUGUUAUUUAGUUCCUUUA